GUCGCCGCUGUCCCGAGCGCAGCAGGGCUCCGCUCCCGCACCGCGCGCCGGCGACGUCGCUCCCGGCGGCUGCGGGCACCGAGGACCGCGCUCCGGGCGGGCCGGGGAUGCGAGCUGCGCCCGCGACGGCAUGGCAGCCUCAGGGAGGGGCCGAGGAUGCGAUGUCCUCAUCUUCUACAGCCCAGAUGCCGAGGAAUGGUGCCAGUACCUACAGGACCUUUUCGUGUCCUGCCGACAGGUCCGCAGCCAGAAGAUGCAGACAUACCGGCUCGGGCCGGAUUCCUCUUUCUCUGCCGGGGACCUGUGGGUCUUCCUGGAUGCGCGAUGCGUGCUGGUGCUACUGUCCGCGGGGCUGGUGGGGUGCUUCUGCCAGCCGGGACUGCUGCCGAUGCUGCAGCGAGCCUUCCACCCUCCGCAACGGGUGGUGCGGCUGCUGUGCGGAGUGCAACCCAGCGACGAGGACUUCCAGGCCUUCUUUCCUGACUGGGACCACUGGCAGGAGCUCACUUGCGAUGAUGAGCCAGAGACCUACCUGGCGGCAGUGAGGAAGGCCAUUUCUGAAGAUUCUGGCUGUGACUCAGUAACUGACACGGAGCCUGAGGAAGAGAGAGCGCUUCCUUUCUCAAAGCAGACAAACCUGCCUCCAGAGAUCUCGCCUGGGAACCUGAUGGUGGUGCAGCCGGACCGCAUUCGCUGUGGGGCAGAAACCACUGUGUACAUCAUUGUGAGAUGCAAGCUGGAUGAGAGGGUGUCAACAGAAGUGGAGUUCUCCCCUGAGGAUUCUCCCUCCAUCAGGGUGGAAGGCACGCUGGAGAAUGAGUACACGGUCUCCGUGAAGGCUCCAGACCUUUCAUCUGGGAAUGUUUGUCUGAAGGUGUAUUCUGGAGACCUGGUGGUAUGUGAAACCACCAUCAGCUAUUACACUGACAUGGAGGAAAUUGGGAAUUUGCUGUCCAGUGCUGCAAACCCCGUGGAGUUCAUGUGUCAGGCCUUUAAAAUUGUGCCCUACAACACAGAGACGCUUGAUAAACUGCUCACGGAGUCCCUGAAGAACAACAUCCCUGCCAGUGGACUGCACCUCUUUGGGAUCAGCCAGCUGGAAGAAGAAGACAUGAUGACAAAUCAGAGGGAUGAAGAGCUGCCCACCCUGUUGCAUUUUGCUGCAAAAUAUGGACUGAAGAACCUCACUGCCCUGUUGCUCACCUGCCCAGGGGCUCUCCAGGCAUACAGCGUGGCCAACAAGCAUGGCCACUAUCCCAACACCAUCGCUGAGAAACAUGGCUUCAGGGACCUGCGCCAGUUCAUCGACGAGUAUGUGGAGACUGUGGACAUGCUGAAGAGUCACAUUAAGGAGGAGCUGAUGCAUGGUGAGGAGGCUGAGGAUGUGUACGAGUCCAUGGCCCACCUGUCCACAGACCUGCUCAUGAAAUGCUCCCUCAACCCUGGCUGUGACGAGGAGCUGUAUGAGUCCAUGGCUGCCUUUGCCCCAGCGGCCACAGAAGAUCUCUAUGUUGAAAUGCUUCAGGCCAGUGCAGGGAACCCAGUCUCUGGAGAAAGUUUCUCUCGGCCGACAAAGGACUCAAUGAUCCGCAAGUUUCUAGAAGGUAACAGUGUGAAAUCAGCCAGUGUGGAGAGAGAGCAGUACCAUCCCCAUGGGGAAGAUCUUUAUCACACCGUGGAUGAUGAGACCUUCUCUGUGGACCUGGCCAACAGGCCCCCUGUCCCUGUGCCCAGGCCAGAGGCCAAUGCUCCUGACCCUCACCCGAUGCCUGACAAUGAGCCAUACAUCUCUAAAGUUUUUGCAGAAAAAAGUCAGGAGCGGCUUGGGAAUUUUUAUGUUUCUUCAGAGAGCAUCAGAAAAGAGCCACCUGUGCGGCCAUGGAGGGACAGGCCCCCUUCGAGCAUCUAUGACCCUUUUGCUGGGAUGAAGACGCCCGGCCAGCGGCAGCUCAUCACCCUGCAGGAGCAGGUGAAGCUAGGCAUCGUCAAUGUGGACGAGGCUGUGCUGCACUUCAAAGAGUGGCAGCUCAACCAGAAGAAACGAUCUGAGUCCUUCCGCUUCCAGCAGGAAAAUCUUAAACGACUAAGAGACAGCAUCACCCGAAGACAGAGAGAGAAGCAGAAGUCAGGAAAGCAUGCAGAUCUGGAGAUCACAGUCCCGAUCCGACAUUCGCAGCACCUGCCUGGGAAGGUGGAGUUUGGUGUGUAUGAGAGCGGCCCCAGGAAGAGUGUUUUCCCGGCCAGGACAGAGCUGAGACGUGGAGACUGGAAGACAGACAGUACAUCCAGCACAGCAAGCAGCACAAGUAACCGGUCAAGUACACGGAGCCUCCUCAGCGUGAGCAGUGGGAUGGAGGGCGACAAUGAGGAUAAUGAAGUCCCUGAAAGCAUCCGAAGUCGUAGCCCAGGUCCUACCCAGGUGGACGGAGCGCCAGCCAUCACCGGAACGCCAGCCAUGAGUCUUGAGAGGCCCCCUCGGGUGCCACCCCGAGCUGCUUCGCAGAGGCCUCUAGCCCGGGAUCCCUUCCAUCCUCCUCCACCCGUCCCACCCAGAGGUCGCUGAUUCUACCUCCUAUAUCCAGCCUACUUUAGGACUUUUAAGACUUGCAAUUUUCAGCCUGUUGAUGGAGUCUUCAUAUUGAGUUUUUGGCGUGACUAUGGACCUUGAGAUCUACUGUCACUGCUGAUGUCGCAGCCCUGCUGGUUUGGGUGGUCCUUGAAGGCAUGAUGAAAUCUGAGACUAAGGACUUUGUUCAACGUCGCCUAGUAUAUUGGUUCACAAUCCAGUUUGCCAACAAGAUGAAGACUGUCAAGAUACUUAGCUCUCAUAUCCUAUAGCAGGAGCCUAACAGGAUUUAUGGGUGUGUGCUGAACAAGUGAGCACACUGCCAUGAAUGUCUAUCUGGUUGUACAUACCUGCUAGUCCAGCCUAAGCUCUAGAAGUGGCUAUAGCCCUCCCAGAAGAGGUAAGAAGUGGCCUAACCUUAAAGUUUCUAUGUAUGUGCUGGGGUCGGUCACACACAACAAGCUGAAAGUGAUUUUAGAAGGGAAUUAAACCAGACGCCUCUUCCACUGCAAGCACUCAGGGUGCCCCAGAAGUAUGGAAGUAAGAGAACUCAGGUGGUUCUGUGUUGUCACACGUUUUCCCUCUUACAUGUGUAUGCAUGUGCAGACGUAUGUUUGUAUGUCUGUGGGCACGUGUGUGCACUUCUGUGUGGAGACUAGAAGCAAUGUUGGAAGUCUUUGUCAGUCACUCUCCAUCUACACACUGAGGCAGUCUGUCAGCUGAGCUCAGAGAUUACUGAUGCAGUUAGUCUAACUUGCUCCAGGGAUCCCCUGUCUCUACUCUCCUGGUGCUGAAAUUACAGGCAGAUUGCUAUACCCCCUUGACAUCUGUGUGGAUGUUGGGAAUCUGAAUUCUGGUCCUCAUGCUUAAACAGCAAGCACUUUAUCUACUGACCCAUCUCCCAGGCCCUAUCACCACAGUUUCUGUCUCUAAGAAGCUAGUCCCCCGCCCCGUGUCUCUGUCUCUGUGUCUCUGUCUCUCUGUGUCUCUGUCUCUUUCUCUCACCAUCAGCCUUCCAGAAGUUCCCCUUUUCCAUCUCUCCCAGGGACUGCCAGCCUACUGCUUUCAGGUUGGGCAUUUAUACCUCAGUAUGCUGUCAAACUAGUCAUGUUGUCAGGAAACCACUGAAAAUUAUCAGAACCAGAAGCUUGGAGUCCCAGGUAUCCCAUUUUUAAUUCUGUGGCCUUUAUAGGUAGGCCUUAGUUCUGGCCAUUGAGAAAGAGAAGGACCCUUGAAUGCUUCUUUCCUGAGGAGCCUGAAGCAGUGGAAGAAAGAAGCUAAAAUAUUUUCUCUCAGACUUACAACUGUUACUACAUUACUGCUAUGACCAGGCCUGGUAAAACUGUGCAGAGUCCAGAACUGUAAUUAUGCUAUGAAUUUUGAGUUCCUGUUAUAAAUCUACCUUCAAAUGACAGAUCCUUAAUUUUACCUAUGUAAAUUUUACCUAUGUAUCAGAAGUGGUUCCUUUAAGGUGUAGGUAAUAUGGUUGUUUCUUAUGAAAUCAUUGUCCAAUCCCACAUAGAUAAAUAUUAUUAUUGAUCUAUUCAAGUGUAUUCUUACUGGGUCCUUUUCUCAUAAUUAAAGGUUCUCCUUCAAUCUCA